AGAAAAUACAAGACCACUUUAAGAGAUGCCACUUUUGCUAUUUAUUUAUUUAGAGAUUUAUAUCCUGCUUUAGGACCUCAGGCUCUUCCUUCUCACUCACCAACCUCUGCCAUUGCAGUAAGAAUGUGAGAAAAACUAUGGAAAGGCAGAUGAAGACUGUAGGCAUGUAUUGGGAGAAGGACUGGACAGGGAAGGGGAUACUUUCCGUGCAGUGCUUGGCUGCGUGCAUCUUAAAGGGAAGCUACAGGCUGUUUCUAACGCUCUUUCUAACUCACUGAUGGGUGAAUCACUGCAGAAUGGGAUGGUAACUAAAGAUCUGACGAGGCUGAAAAACCUUCUUGUUGAAACAGAGGCAGCAGCUUGUAAAAUACCCUCGGUACAUCAUGUGGAAGAGGUGGAAGAAGGAUGUCAUGAUGGCUGGCAAUUUCGCCCCCCACCCCGGGGAGUCACAAGUAGUGAAGAAUACACAUUAUGCAAAAGAUUUUUAGAGCAAGGAAUUUGCAGAUACGGUGCACAGUGUACUUCAGCACAUUCCCAGGACGAGCUGACCGAAUGGCAGAAACGAUACGCUUCCCGCUUGAUAAAGUUAAAACAACAAAAAGAAAACAAGCAAUGUUUGGGAAGUUACAUGGAAUCCUUAAUUGAAAAAUGGAUGAAUUCAUUAUCUCCUGAGAAAGUGCUCAGUGAAUGUCUUGAUGGAGUAAGAGUUGAACAUAACCCUGAAUUAUCAGUUACUGUCACCACCAAAAAAUCACACCAGAUGUGGACUUUUGCUCUUACAUGUAAGCCUGCAAGAAUGCUGUAUCGAGUGGCACUCCUUUAUGAUGCGCAUCGUCCUCAUUUUAGUAUCAUGGCAAUAUCGGCUGGAGACAGCACCACCCAAAUAAAUCAAGAAGUCCCAGAAAUCUGUCAGGAAUGGGUUGGAGGAAAGAUGACCCAGAAUGGAACAGAUCAUUCAGUGUACAAAAUCAGUGUAGCUUUUAGUACAGAAAUCUUUGGAACCUUUCGUCAAACUGUGGUAUUUGAUUUUGGGACUGAACCAGUUUUGAUGCAACGAGUGAUGAUUGAUGCUGCUUCAACAGAAGAUCUUGAAUACCGGAUGAAUGCACGGCAGCAACUGUUAACCACAGCCAAACGUUGGGAUUCCACUUCCAAGACAAUUGUAGAAUUUGAGCCAAACGAGACUACUGAAUUGGAUAAGAGCCUUCUGAUCAGAUAUCAGAUCCCUCUGUCUGCUGACCAGCUAUUUACACAGUCUGUCUUGGAUAAAUCAUUGACCAAGAGUAAUUAUCAGUCACGACUACAUGAUCUCCUUUAUAUUGAGGAAAUAGCGCAGUAUAAAGAAGUCAGCAAGUUUAACAUCAAAGUGCAGUUGCAGAUUGUGGCCAGCUUCAUGCUUACUGGUGUUUCUGGGGGUGCAAAGUAUGCCCAAAAUGGACAACUUUUUGGACGGUUUAAACUCACCGAAACCCUUUCUGAAGAUACUUUAGCAGGGCGACUGGUGAUGACCAAAGUCAAUGCUGUUUAUUUAUUACCGAUCACUAAAGAGAAGUCAGGGCUGACCCAAGGAACCAAAGAGAAAGUAUACGAAGCAAUUAUUGAAGAAAAAACAAAGGAAUAUAUCUUUCUGAGAAUAUCCAGGGACUGCUGUGAAGAGCUUAACCUUCGAGCAGAUUGUGAAAUGCAGGUCGAGCUUCAGUUUCAGUUAAACCGCUUACCCCUCUGUGAAAUGCACUAUGCCUUGGAUAGGAUCAAGGACAACGGUAUCCUGUUUCCAGAUGUCAGCAUGACCCCCACAAUACCUUGGAGUCCCAACAGGCAGUGGGAUGAGCAGUUGGAUCCUAGGCUCAAUGCAAAGCAGAAGGAGGCUGUUCUGGCCAUCACAACUCCACUGUCAAUUCAAUUGCCUCCAGUCCUUAUUAUCGGUCCUUACGGGACGGGCAAAACCUUCACUUUGGCUCAGGCAGUCAAACAAAUUCUCCAACAGCAGGACACUAGCAGGAUUCUCAUUUGCACCCAUUCUAAUAGUGCUGCUGAUCUCUACAUAAAGGAUUAUUUACAUCCAUAUGUAGAAGCAGGCAAUCCCCAGGCGAGACCUCUCAGGGUUUAUUUCAGAAAUCGCUGGGUAAAAACUGUCCACCCAGUUGUGCAUCAAUACUGUUUGAUUUCAAGCACACAUUCCACCUUUCAGAUGCCCCAGAAAGAAGACAUUCUUAAACAACGAGUAGUAGUGGUUACUUUGAAUACUUCACAAUAUCUGUGUCAGCUAGAUCUUGAGCCUGGGUUUUUUACACAUAUUCUGUUGGAUGAAGCCGCACAGGCAAUGGAGUGUGAGACUAUUAUGCCUUUAGCACUAGCAAAUAAAAGUACAAGAAUUGUCUUGGCUGGAGACCAUAUGCAGCUUAGUCCUUUUGUGUACAGUGAAUUUGCCAGAGAGAGAAAUCUUCAUGUUUCAUUACUUGAUCGUCUUUAUGAACAUUGCCCUGCAGAAUUUCCAUGCAGGAUCUUGCUGUGUGAGAACUAUCGCUCCCAUGAAGCUAUCAUCAAUUAUACUUCUGAGCUUUUCUACGAGGGCAAAUUGAUGGCCAGUGGAAAACAACCUGCACACAAAGAUUUUUAUCCUCUGACAUUCUUCACAGCACGGGGAGAAGAUGUACAAGAAAAGAACAGCACUGCUUUUUACAACAAUGCAGAGGUCUUUGAAGUAGUUGAACGUGUUGAAGAAUUGAGGAGGAAGUGGCCGGUAGCCUGGGGAAAGUUGGAUGAUGGCAGCAUAGGUGUUGUAACACCAUAUGCUGAUCAAGUGUUCCGAAUUCGGGCAGAGCUUCGGAAAAAAAGAUUGUCUGAUGUCAGUGUUGAAAGAGUGUUAAAUGUUCAGGGAAAGCAGUUUCGAGUGUUGUUUCUCAGCACAGUACGAACCCGACACACUUGCAAACACAAGCAAACAGCGAUGAAGCGGAAGGAACAUUUAUUGGAAGAUUCAACAGAGGACUUAGAUUAUGGUUUUCUGUCCAAUUACAAACUUCUCAACACAGCCAUUACAAGAGCACAGUCCCUAGUAGCUGUGGUGGGCGACCCAAUUGCUUUAUGUUCCAUUGGAAGAUGCAGGAAAUUUUGGGAAAGAUUUAUUGCCCUGUGUCAUGAUAAUGAAAGUCUUCACGGUAUCACAUUUGAGCAGAUCAAGGCUCAAUUGGAAGCGCUGGAAUUAAAGAAAACCUAUGUAUUGAAUCCGCUGGCUCCCGAGUUUAUUCCACGGGCUCUGCGACAGCAGCAUUCAUCAAACACCAAUAAACCACAGCAAUCGCCACCAAAGGUAAAAAGCCAUCAUCAUAACCAUAGUGACCAUUUUCACACUGAUGGAAUUGUUCAGCCAACGGCUUCUGUCUUAAUUGGAAAUCCUGUCAGAGCGUAUACCCCACCACCGCCACCCCCUCCUCCUCCUGGGCCUCAUCCUAACCUGGGGAAGUCUCCCAGUCCUGUACAACGGAUAGAUCCUCACACUGGGACAAGCAUUCUUUAUGUACCUGCUGUUUACGGAGGAAAUAUGGUCAUGUCUGUGCCUUUACCUGUACCAUGGACAGGGUAUCAGAGUAGAUUUGCAGUUGAUCCUCGAAUCAUUACUCAUCAAACAGCCAUGGCAUAUAAUGUGAAUCUUUUACAAGCACAUGGACGUGGGUCCCCCAUUCCCUAUGGUCUUGGACAUCAUUCACCAGUUAGUAUAGGACAACAGCAGCUUCAUCAUUCAGAGAAAGAACAACUUGAACUAAAUCGAAACAGCAAAAAUGAACCUGGUGCUGGACCUGAAAUCAGUAAAAUUCGGACACCUGAGAAAAACUCUUUAGAAGCCAAACAGGUUGACUUAGAAGCAAAUCCCCAAAAUAGAAGCCCUGAAUCGCGUUCCAGUUCUUCUUAUCCUAAUUCUAAAUUUCACCGCAAAGAUAAUCUUAACCCCAGGCAGCUGAACAUUCACCUCACUCCUCCCCAAGCCCAGUACGCUGUUCCUAGCCGCCCCUUCCAGCACUUAGCCCAAAUUUCAAGGCAUCCAUAUCCUGUGCCACCGCAACCAAACCUCUUAAGUCAACAGCAGAAUCAUUUGUCUGAACAACAUAACCAAAUGCCUCCUCCGCAGAGCCAGAUAGUCCAGCAACACAAUCAUUUAAAUCAGCAGCCGCAACCACCAUCUUCACAGCUCUCUCCUGCCUUUCCAACUGGCCCCAGCCAGUCUUUCUUUAAAAAUCCGGUUCCACAUAGACCUCAUUCCCCUGGUACAGACACUUCGGUUUUAGAACAGCUCCCUCCAUCUGUGCUGCAAGAUGUCAGUAGCCCCCUGAGACCCAUUGCACAGCCUAACCUCAUGAUGCCAUCCCAUUUGAACCACUUCAUUGAAGAGAAUCCUCCAGGAGUGUCUGUGGGAGAACCAUUAGAUCGUAUUCAUGGAAAUUUAGCUUUGGAAACCUUAAGGCAACAGCAAGCAAGACUACAGCAAUGGAAUGAGCAUAAUGCCUAUCUCAGUCAGGGCAAUAUUUCUUAUUCUCAUCAUCACCACCCUCACUUAUCCCACCUUUCUCAGCAGUCCAUGGGACUGCAUCAGCAGCCAGUCAGGGCAAACUGGAAACUUGCCAACAAUAUUGAAGACGAAACGGAGGCAACAUAUUCAAGAUUCCAGGAUUUGCUUCGAGAGCUCUCCCACCGUGAUCAAACUGAAAACAGGGACCUCGUUGAAAUGCCGCCACCUCAAUCAAGACUUUUGCAAUAUAGACAAGUGCAGCCCAGAAGUCCACCAGCACUCCUCUCUCCUACAUGCAACUCAAACCACAGUGGCCACUUUCCUAAUUUCUCUGAGAGUAGAGACCUUGAGAUCUCUAACAAUCCAGCAUUUCAGCAGCAUUUGCCUCAAAUGUACAAUCCCCCUUUCUCAGUGCCAUCUGAACACCUGACCCCACCUUCCUUGAAAUACCUGCAGCCAGAUGGAUCAUGGACCUAUGCUAAUUUACACCAGAGUCAUCUCAUGGGGCAAGGCUUUCAUUAUGGUAUACCUCCAUUGCCUCAUAGAUCACAACCGAACCCUUUUAUACAAAUACAAAAUCAUCAGCACGCAGUUGGUCAGGAACCAUUUCACCCCCUCACUUCACGAGCAGUAUCUGCUUCUUCUCUGCAUAGCUUAGAAGAGUAUGAACCAAGAGGACCUGGCAGGCCAUUGUACCAAAGAAGAAUGUCAUCUAGUUCAACCCAGGCUUGUUCUGAAGGUUUAAAUACUCCUCCAGAUAAUGUUGGACAGUGUCAAGAGCUUCAGGACCAGAGUAACCCCUCCUCUUUCAAUUAUUCACCCCCCGAAUGGUGGGUCAACUCUUCUUCAUCAGCCCCCUAUCAGAACAUUCCAUGCAACGGAUCCAACAGAGCAAUCCCACCAAGAGAACAGUUAGUUCCUCCGAAGACUAUCAAAUCCCCCGAGGAACAGAUGAAGGUUGAAAACAUCCCGUUGUCCAGUUCUUUUAACUACAAUGUACUCCAGCAUCUGGGCCAGUUCCCACCCCUCAUGCCCAACAAGCAGAUUGUGGAAUCCAACAGCAACAGCCAGCCCAAUGCUGGGUUGAACAAACCUGCCAUGUCCUACGCAAGUGCUCUGAGGGCUCCUCCCAAACCCAGACCCCCUCCUGAGCAGGCAAAAAAGAAUAGUGAUCCCUUGUCUCUGUUUCAGGAACUUAGCCUAGGUAGUUCAUCAGGUAGCAAUGGCUUCUACUCCUAUUUUAAAUAAUCAGACUAUUUUUGUAGAGACAUUUUAAUUUUUAUUUCUGUGAGUAGAUUUAAAAUAGCUGGGGCUGCACCUGCAGGCACCAUCGUUUCUCUCUGUUUAUAUUAGUAAAUAUAUUUUGGUUUAAUGGCUUUGCUGCUAGACUUGAAGCUAAUUCUUUUUAAAUUAUAUUCCACUAUUUUACUUUCUUUUUGAUGUGGGUCAGAAGUUUGAGAAAAAAAAAUCCCUAGAAAAAAAAAACUUUUAAAAAUUAUGUAACUUUAUCUAUGUGUUGCAUUAAAGCUAGCAGCUGAAAAGUUAACUGUGCAACUUUAAAAAAAAUAUAUAAACAUUAAAAAAAAAGUUGUCUAAAUUGUAUUUAAAAAUGUAAGUAGCAUUUACAUUUAUUCAAUAACAUUUAGCAUACUGUGCUGGGUUUCUGUACCAGAAAUGGCCAGUUAAUGUACAAAUGUAUGUUAUGUCUGCUUAAAUUGUUUAUUUUUUUUUUAAAUAAAGAUGCAGCAUCUUAUAUUUACAUUCAGUUUUAUCAGAUUUCUGUGAAGGGAUGCUGCAUUCUAAGACUUUUAUAGUUUUAGAAUCUGUAUGAUGUGGUUAUAGUAAUUUCCUUUCUAGGAUGAAGUGAAGGCCUUUGCUGCAGACCCAGAUACUACUCUUUUGCAAUUAAACAAAAAAUUAGUGGUCAACCUAAAGAUGAACAAUUCAUGUUGUUGUUGUUUUGACAAGCUACUCAUUCAGCUUGUUGGAGGGAUUAAUUUAAUAGGUUUUUAAACAGAAAUCAUGAAUUGACAAAAAUUGAUAUAUUGGGUGCUUAGUAGUUGAAUAGCUAUUUUAAAAAAAUCCAAUUGAAUGAACUUAAGAAAAAUAAUUGAAUCCCCCUCCCAACUAUGCACGUUAAAUGUUUGUAAUUUAGUUUCUUCCCCUCUGAUUUUUCCAGUGGUAUGAGUAUUGUGCCACUUUAAGGGUUUUUCUUCUUUUUUCCAUCAAAAGAUUUUGGUACAUGAUUUGAUGUUUACCUUAAAUGUGACAUUAUCCACAAAUAUUCAAAUAUUUUGCUAACUGUUUUGUUUGAGGAACUUCAUUAAAGAAGAUUUUUAUGUUUGCCAAAGCUGUAUCCAAAUUAAUCCCAGCCUUGGGGAAGAAGAGUUGUGGGGAAGGUUUGGGGAAGCAGUAUGAAUGACGUGGUUAUUUAUAUUCUUGUAUCUUCUGUCAAGGCCUUUUGCCACUAUAUAUUGAAAGAAAAAUCUAUAAAAGACUGUACAGCAAUAUGUUACAAAAUUUGGGGGAAGAAUUAGGGUAACCUUUACCUUUACGAUUUUGGUCUUGUACACUGUUCAUACUUUUGAAAGAAAUCUUUUUUAACUUCAACGGAGGCAUGGCCUCCUUUACACUUGAAAAGAUCUCUUUGAUCAGGGACAAUUAAUUUUUAUCAACUAUUUAUUUUGAUUUCCCAUUAUAAGCGAUAUUUUCAAAAAUAUAGUUUUAAAGUUUCUUCCCACGACUGUUUAAAACUGGGCUUCAUUUACAGGGAUGUUUGUUUUUGCUUUGUCGAGCUACUGUAUUUGCUGCUGUAUCAAAUCUAAUAUUUGCUUUGGUUUCAGUCCCUUCAUACCUGUUGGAUUUUAUACGUUGUGAUGGUGACAUCUCGGUUUGACUGAAAUCUGUGUCACUUUUUUCUUAUUGAUUUCAGAUAACUAAGGAACUUUCUAUAAAAGAUAUGCAUACUAACUUAAUGUGCUGCAAUAUUUUAAUGGCUGCUGGGCUCAGAAAUGGGUGAAGCUAAAUAAAGCUGUUAUAAAACCAAACAAAAUGAAA